AUGGCGCGAGGGAAGGUCCACGUCCCCCCGCUGGACAGUCCGUCCAAGCAGCUCAUGCGCGAUCUCGCGCAACAAUUCGAGCAAGUCCGUCUCUUCGACCUCGACCUGAAGAAGGUCCACGCAUACGAGCGAAAGGCAUUCCACGACGAGCUCGACCGAAAGGAGCAAGAACUCGCGGCCCAGCACAAUGCCGCCCUCGACGAAGCGGCCGCCUACCAUGACCGGGUCCGAGAGGAAGCCGAGGCCUACCUGAAAGAACACAUUCGGCAAGAGGAAGAAGAACGACAACGGAAGGAAGAGGAGGCGCGGAAAGAACGCGAGCGAAUCCAGCGCGAGAAGGCCGAGAAGCUACGACGCGAGCAGGAAGAAAAAGCGCGGAUUGAGGCGGAUCGCAAGGCGAAGGAAGAGGCGAAAAAGAAGGCCGAACGAGAGGCUGAGCAAGCGCGGCAGGCCGCGCAGGCGGAGAAGGACCGUCAGGAACGGGAACGGGUAGAGGUUGAGAAGCGGAAACAGGAAGAAGAGGCCCAGAAGGCCAGGCAGGAGGCGGAGCAGAAAGCACGCAGUGAACAACAGGCUAAGGUCGGUGGUACUCGACUCACCGAGGCAGAGAUCAAGGUCCAAGAACGUUACGUCGAGCUUCACAAAACCCUCAAGCAGGUACGGCAAUGGCUACGCAACGUUGCCAAGGAAAACGCCUCGGCCAAGCAAGCCAUGGGAGACAUGCGCCGGUCAAUCAAGAAGUGUGUAGGCCAGCUUCGAGAUGGCAAGGGGACAAACAGACAACAAAUUGCACAGAUCAAAGCCGAACUGGAAAAGGCGUCUAGUAUUUCAGAGCCCUCAGUCGACGUGCGCAAAUUCAUUGCGUUCCCUCCUCCGGAGAUUGCCAAUUCAGAGGACAACAAAGCCCCAGCCCUCCUAAUCUACGGUCUCAACAUCUUCGCCAAGGCCCUUAUUUCUGCCCUCAUCAACGAGGCAUCCAUCAACCCGGGUCACGCCGAACCGGUCGGCAUCAUCGCCGCACAGAUCUUCUCCAUGGAUGCCUUCAUGUACAAGGGCAUCCAUAUGUCCGACAUCCUGUGGGCCAAGUACCGCGUCGUCUGCCCCGCACUCUGGGGGUUUACGGGCAACGAAAACACUGAUGCCGGACGUCGUGCGUUGGGAUGGUGGCGUGACGAAGCCGGUGGGCCUUUCGUCAGUGACCAAACACACGCGGACCGCAUGACAGCCUUGGGCGCCGGCUACGCGGCACUAUCCCUCCGCAACUUUGGCAAAACUCAGCGGCGGAAUCCAUUCCCCAACACGAUGUUCUGGAUAUCACUCACGAAGAUCCUGGCUAUUCCACCUGGAGAAAUGCAGGAGACGCAUGUGACGCUGCUGGGUUCCAUGCUGCGGUCUUCCGGGGAGCGCAUCCUCGGGUUUUUCGGACAGUUCGGCCUUCUGUUGAUGCGCCGGGCCAUUGUGGAUCUACCGGAAGUCCUCCCCAACAAAACUAUGGGCGUUAACCAACUGAAACUGCUCAGGGAGCUGUACCAGCGGGAGAAGAACAUCGACCUCUGA